AUGGCGACCUACCUAUACAAAAAGUUCCUCAGCCCGUCGCGCAACGAAUCGUCCCCUCGACCGUCACCGAAGACAUGUGCCCACCGGCAAGGGCCAGAGACCACACCAUGCCUGGACUGCAAGGCAGAGAAGUCGAAAGUAAGAAAAUACCGAUGGAAGAUCAUCUUUGGCCUACUAUGGCCGUACUCUCUACAAGCGCUCGAUGCCACCAUCAUCGCGAGCGCACUGCCAUGGAUCGCAAGCGACUUCAACGAAAUAUCUCAGCAAAAUUGGAUCGUAUCGGCGUUUAACCUGACUUCGGCCGCCUUCAUCCCGUUCUGGGCUCAGAUGGCUGAUGUGUUUGGGCGUUACGCCUCCAUCACCGCGGCGGUAAUCAUAAUGAUGAUCGGGAGUGCGCUCUGCACCGGAUCCCCGACGAACGCCUAUGCCGUCCUAUUGCUUGGGCGCGCUUUCCAAGGCAUUGCCUCCGCCGGCCUAAACGUCGUCGUCCGCACUAUCCUCGCUGACAGAGUCACCCUGCGAGAAAACGCCAAGAACUGGGCUAUCUUUGCGUUCGUUGGAGGUAUAUCCUAUGCGAUGGGCCCCGUCAUCGGUGGCUACCUCACUAGGGCCAACUGGAGAUGGUGUUUCGGAAUCAACCUCCCCAUCGCCGCCGUUGCCUUGCUGGCCAUCUUCUUCGUACUUCGAAAAGAGCUCUUAGGGCCGCAGCCAAUCCCCGAGCUUGACGAAACGACCGAGACUGGGCGCCGAGCCAAGCUCGCAGCGCGACUCAAGACGGUUGAUGUGGGUGGACAGGCCCUCUUUGUCAUAGGCUUUGGUCUUAUUAUCCUAGGCCUGACAUGGGGUGGCGUGACCUAUCCCUGGGCUUCGGCGGCGGUGAUUGUGUCGCUUGUCGUCGGCUGCUUGUUCGUCGGCUUCUUUUUUGUCUGGGAGAGGAUGCUUUCUCCAGGGCGGGCGCUGUCCAAGAAGAUGCCGUGGCAACGACCCAUGAUUCCCUGGGCGAUGUUGACGAAUCGCGAUCUUGGUUUGAUCUUCUACACCGAGUGCGCUACCGGCAUGGCCAUGUUUUCGGUGCUUUACUUUUGCAACAUCUAUUUCAUCGCAGUCAAGGGGAACAGCUCAGACAAGGCAGGCCUGCAGCUGCUUUAUUUCACACCAGGAAUCGGAGUUGGCAUCUACCUCUGCUCCUUUCUGUGCAAUCGAUGGCCGCGCAUGACGUUCCCACCCCUAUUUCUCGGCACACUCAUCGAGAUGGUCGGAGUUGGAGUUCUCGCCUGGGCCUUGUAUAUGGAAAGAACGGCGACGGUAUUCGGCAUGAUGGCUCUGGUCGGCUGCGGCAUGGGUCUCCGAUUCAUGGUUGCGCCGCUUCACGGCAUUGGCAUCUUCAAGGCCCACCGCGCGGCAGUCAUUGGACUCAUGGCUGUCGCUGUUCCUUUUGGCGGGACGAUCGGGCUGACUGUGAUGUCGACUGUGUUCAACAACACGUCCGGGCUCGACUCGAAGCACAGUGACUUCUCCAGACUGGGGGAGCUUCCCGAAGGAGCCAGGCAGCAGGCAGUCUACGACGCAAAGAUGGGUGUCGUCUGGGCAUUUGUUGCCAUUGUUCCCUUCAUGGUCCUGUCUUGGUUCUGUUGCUACUUCCUCGGCAAUGUGAUGCUCGGCAAGAAGUCGGCGGUCGAUGACGACGGUGACGGAAGCCAAGAUAUUGUCUUCGAGGAACCAUACCUCUGGAGUCUGUUGAAGGGCCGGCGAGCACGUGCGGAGGAUUACACGGGAAUAAGGCUCGAAAGCCCCCGUGGAGGAGAAGGGUUCAAGAGGACAUCGAACGAAGCCUCUCUCGCUUGA